AUGCAAGAAAAUAUUACUGAAGACGGAAAUAUGCAAAAUAUCAACAAUAAUUAUAGAGAAAACGCUGGAACAGCACAAAAUCAAGAAAUUCGGACUAUAGCAAAUAAUGACAAAAAUACGGAAGUAGCACUUAAACAAGAAAUUAAGUCACUUAAUGAGAAAAUUGAACUACUGAGUGAAUUACUAGCUGAAAAAGAUAGGCUAGUUCAUCAAUUGUCCAAUGAAAAUCGUAGGUUCCAAGAGCACUACGAUCUAUUAGCCACCAAGGUCGUAGAAAAGGACACUAUUAUCUCCAAACUUCGGAUAGGUAUCGACAAGGUCAAAAACUGCAGAAAUGGAGCUGUAGAAAUAAACGUCCAAGAUUUUGUUCGUACCCAACUUAAACAAAAAAUCGAAAAAAAUAUGCCUACAUCCUACAAGAUAUCUGAACCAAGAAUGUUCAAGCCAAAAAUUCAAAUAGUUGGUUAUCGUUCGGAGCAAAAAUUAGCGAAAGAGCAGUACAAGAAGAAAUUAUAA